UCAAAAUGGCUGAGUCAAGUGUGCACUCUGAAGAGGAGUCAUUUCGUUGUCCAAUAUGUCUCGAGAGAUUAAACAUUCCGCGGUGCUUGCCAUGUUUACACACAAUUUGUGAAACGUGUAUUCAGACGUACAUAACAAGUAAGAAAACCAGAGACAAAGAAGGAGAUUUUAAUGUUGUUGAUUGUCCAGUGUGUAGACAAUGGGUACAGGAACCAUAAAAGGAUAUUUCCAGUGAAGAUUGGGCAAAAAGCCUUCCGCUGAAUAAGUGGGCUUGGACGAUGACAAUUAAUCAUGAAAACGAGUCCGUCAAAUAUUGUUUGUUUUGUAAGCGAGAAGAGUUAACGGUCUUGGCAAAACAUUGGUGUAAAUCGUGUGCAGAACCUAUUUGCGAUGAUUGCAAAAGGUUUCAUAAGAGAGCACCGAGUCUUAAGGAUCACGACAUUAUUUGGUGAUAUGCAAGAUACAGUAAAGUGGAACAAAGCCAUUGAUAUAGAUGAAAACUGCACAAUUCAUCAAGGAAAAGUUAUUGAACUUUUUUGCCAAGACCACAAAAGAUUGUGUUGUAGUGUGUGCUUUGCAAACCAACAUAGACGAUGUGCAAAUUGUGAUUCAAUCGAUGAAAUUGUGAAAAAGCUUAGUAAAGACGAGAUGAGAGACAAACUUGAAUCGUUAUCAAGUCUUCUUCAAUGCAUUACUAAGCUACAAAAAGAAAAUAAGAGCCAAUAUGAUGGACUUUGUACCAAAAAGGAGGACAUCUGCUCCUUAUUUGCCAAAAAGAUUGAAGAAGCCAAGGUGUUCCUAGACCAAGCUCAUGAACAGUGGCUCAAACGUUUCGAAGUUGAACAUAAACACCAUACAGACAAUAUUGAGGUUGUGUCUGAUGAACUGAAACGAUUUCAUACGACUACGACUCAAGCAAAAUCGAUGCUUUCCUCGGUCCUAGACAGCGGGUCUGACAGACAGAUUUUCGUUGUGCAAUCGAAAUUGCACGCCCAAAUUACUGACCACUUCAACCAUUUGGAAACUUUAAAGAUAUGGGAGUUGACCGAUUCCUAUAGCUUUAAAUCAAAUCAACUUGAAAAAUUUACAAAAACUAUAAAAUUUGAAGAUGCCAUCCCGUCAAAAAAGCUAAGUGAUGCUCUGAAUAAAAUUCUUGUCUGCGGGAAGUCCAUUACAGGUAAAGAUUUACCAAGCCCUUUGCCGUGGCUGGCAAAUAUAAAGUUGAUGUCUGCUACCUUUAAGAAAGUAUCCGAUUGUUAUGAAAAGGAAUGCGUGGGGUAUUACGGACUAUUCAUCGAUGACAAUAGAGUUGUCAUUUCCAACUUUAGUAAAAUAUCAUUGGAUGUGUAUGAUACAUCCAACUACUUUGCAAAACUGGUAUAUUCAUUUAAAAGUGACAGUGAACCGUAUGACUUGUGUUAUGCUUUUGGGAUGAAAAGAGUUUAUGUAGCAUUUGGAAAAUGUGUUGUCCAGUAUGAAAUUAAAAAUGAAGGUACGACAUUCGUUGAAGUGGAAAGAAUUCCAGUUAAGGGUAAUGUCAUUGGAAUUGCAAAAACAUUUGAUGGAUUUGUUACGGCCAAUAAAUCAUCAACAACAUUUCGUUGGAGUGAUUUUUCAAUAAAAUGUAGCCUACUAAAUGGCAAAUUAAGAGACUGGCCUGUCAUUUGUUCGUCGUUUUGUGGUAGAAAGAUAGCAUACAACACAGAAGGUGGUGUCAUAGUCAUGGACACCAAGGGAAAUAAGCUGUCGGAAUAUUCUUGUUCCGGAAGAAAGCAAGUAGGAUUGUCUUUCGAUGCGGAGGGUAAUGUCAUUACUUGCUUUUGUGAUAGUCAGCCAGAACAAAUAAAUUGUGACGGAAAAUCAAGAAGAAUUAUCAAUUUUGAAGAAACAUACGAGUCCUUUAUUCCCGGUAACAUUACAUUCCACCCAGAAGGUCACAGAUGUAUUGUUUUCAAAUAUUGUAACCGUGGUUGUACGAUCUUUCGAAUUUUUGAAAUCGAGAAAAUAUAAACCAUUUUUUUUAGUUUUGCGCACAACUGGACCUGUUCGCUCCGAUCAUGCGUGUUUCAACUAUAAACGUCAGAAUUAAUUUUAUUUUAAGAGUGUUGAAUGCAUUUUAACUGCAGCUCUUGAAUUGUUUUAUUUGUUAUUAUUGACUUACACUUUCAAUCUUUAACUUUUUUUGCAUACUUACAUCUGUUAACCACGCUUGAUUUCUAAUUAAUUUGUGACUGAACAAUCAAAGUGGUAUGAGCUACCUCAAAAUCAAUCUUCCUAUCGAAAUGAACAACAAAAUUGAGAAUUAUUUCAUAGAUUUUUUUCCCAAAAUGUGUUGCCAAAUAGCGUAGAGCAAUGGGCUAGAGCGUUAGCUACAGAUUUGUUAGUUAUCAGUUCGAAUCCCUAUUGGGCUUGUAUAAUUUUGUAAAUUUGAAACGUUAUUUUGAUCAAAUAUUGUUGAAUUUGAAAAUUCUAAACCAAUGAAAGUAUUUUGAUUAUAAUGUAUUUUUAACCACAGGAAUAUCGACACGUGUCACAAACCAUCUUAAAUAUCACUUAAUCAUCCAUAUUGAAACUCAUAAAACUGUUAAUUCUUAUUCUCUGACUUUAUAUAAUCACAGAACUAAAAUGGUUUAAAUAAUGUUAUCGUAUUUUGUACAUACAAAGAAACUGUUACAGUAAAGAAAUGCAUUUAAAUCACCGAUUUCUAUACGAUAUCUCACAAUUUUAUUGAUUCAAUGAGUUAUUUUUGCAUUAUAUGCUCGUAUUCUUCUGUUGUUGUGAACGAAAAUCCGAUUAGAAAAACAGCACCCCGUAUAUUUUGAACUCCACAUAUAAUACGCAUUAAUAGUUUCGUUGGUCAAAGCUUAACAAAUGAGAAAUACUGCUAGAAUCCUGUGGUAUGUAUUGCUUUUAUGCAACAAACCGUUUUCUAUGCAAACUGUACAAAAGUUACGAAGGUUUAUCGAGAAACGGACAAAAAAUCAUUCAAUCAAAGAGAAUAUAUGAUCAUAGCAGUUGUUUUUAUUGAUCUGAAAUGUUUUACCUUUAUUUGAUAUGAGUAUAUUUUUGUGGAAACCUCGGGGUAGUGUUGUUUUAUCUCAUUUCAUGCUAAGGAAUAAACGUAAGCUAUUUCAUCACGUGAUAUUGCAUCGAAGCGGUGGUGGUGUACAAAUUUAAUUGCAUUGGCAUCUAUUUGAUAGAAAAUACUACGCUUUUGGUCCGAAUAAAACCAGUAAUUUAAUCUUACGAUUUCGUAUAUUAUAGUCAAAAUAAGAUGCUUAAUAUUCCAUUUGCUGCCUUUACCUACCCGCAUGAUAAUCAAGGUAUAUAUAAAAAUCACACCUCUAUGUUGAAUACUAUUUCUUAAAUUGUACAGGUUCGUGGGGACCUAAUUUCGUGUAUUCUCUCAAGCCUACAAAGGAAAUAUGACUUUAUUACCCUAAUUUAUUAAUUCGUGGAGGCUGUUAAUUCGUGGAUGAGAGGUACCCACGAAUUCCACGAAAAUUGAGCCACCACGAAAUCUAAUGAUUCCACAGUAAUCAGGAAACAUCAAGUCUUGAAUUUUAAAAAAAAAAUCUCAUACCUGACUCCAGGUUUUACUAUUUAGUCACACAUAAACCAAAAAAUUAAGUCAUACAAGUUAAGAACUAGUCUUCACAACAUUAACUAACUCUUAUUUGAUUUUUUGGUACGUAUACGACUGCACACAAAACUUGAAAUCUGUUUAUUGCAACUAUAUAGCUAUGUGUUGUUCAAUGACCUUUUGUGAAGAACAAUACCUAAAAUUUCAAAUCCGUGCUUUAUCUAUUUCUGGAGAAAAAUUGAAAUUGGUAGAAAUAGUUUUGCCUCGCGGCACAAUGCACGACGUCAAACCUUUUCUGUCUAUACGUCGUUGUUAAAUCCCUCACAUCGUUUACAAUAACAUUUUGGAAAAAAGGAACAGGAGCAGAUCCUUAAAUCUUUGGCACUCUGCUCAUGUCCCAAGUGAUAUAUAAAAUAAUUUGCUUUAGAACGCUAAAUACAGAAAACAUGAGAUACGUAUAUUUCAUUAAUAUGCACCGUACAAAAUAUGCACGAUAAAUCAGAUAUUGAUAUAAAUCACUGAUAAUACUUGGAUUUCGUGUUCUCGUAAUUGAAUAACAAUGGAUACUUAGUCUAGUAUUUCGAUUUCUGGUUCUGAUGACUUACUCCUAAUGAGUUCUUGUUAUAAUUAUCUACUUAUGAUACACACGAAAAAAUUGGAUUUGAUCCUUGCUCAAAAUUCAGGUCUAUGGCUAGAUAAAUGAGCAUGGAUUAACUUUGAUGCUGUUUUAAGUUUUUCUUUCAAUGAGUAAGCAAUCCCAACCUUAGCAAAUAAAAUACAAAACUGAAACAAUUUUUAAAAAUUUAAAAUGACAAAGUUACAGCUCCCACUCUGAGAUUCACAUAAGGUGACCCCUAAAGAUAGCGGUCAAGGGACAUACCUUUUGAAAAGCGUUAAUUGAACUAUUUACAUAUAAUUAAACAUAUUGUAACUAACACAUCAUGCUGUUUUCCCUUUUUGUUCUUUGAACAUAAUUUGUUAUUAAGUUUUCUUAUAAGGUUCUAAGAUCAACAUCAAAUGUAUAAUUUAUAACUGUGUGAUAUCCAAGUUAUACCAUUUGAUUAUAGGUCCAAAACAACCAUUUUUAAAUUAUAUGCAAAUAUAAGGUUUAAAAAAUUAUUUGUUUUAAAUUGUUGUAAAUAUGUUUGUAUGUUUGUUUGUUUUGAUGCAUAUUAGAAACAAAUGAUAUGCAUACAUUGUAAUAAAAUGAAAAAUAAAAUAAAACCGGUUUUUUACUUUGAUUUUUUAUCUUAAUAUUGUUGAUCUAUUUCAUUUGUUUUCACACUAAUUUGA